AUGGUCAAUUUUAUCGCCAAGUUUGCACCGAACAUUUCAGACGUCACCGCACCUCUGAGAGAACUCAUCAAAAAGAACGUUGCAUUCCACUGGCUCGAAACACACGAGAAAGCGUUCCGAGAUCUACAGCAUUUACUAACUGACCCUGCUACUCUGCGUUACUACGAUGUAGCAAAACCAGUGACACUCCAAGUCGACGCUUCACAGAACGGUCUUGGAGCAGCUCUAAUCCAAAACCAAGGUCCAGUAGCUUACGCAUCGAAAGCCAUGAACGACACACAACGACGCUACGCACAGAUCGAAAAGGAACUGCUGGCUGUUGUUUUCGCUUGCAAAAGAUUCCAUCAGUACGUUUAUGGUAAAACCAUUACUGUCGAAAGCGACCACAAACCUCUGGAAGCUAUUCUCAAAAAACUCUUGUCACAAGCACCGAGCCGCCUCCAGAAAAUGUUAAUGCAGCUACAAGCCUACGACAUCAACUUGGUUUACAAGAAAGGAAGUGAAAUGUACAUCGCUGAUGCGCUGUCACGUGCAUUUCCUCCUGAGAUAAUACCAGAGCAAUUUGAAGAAGACAUAUAG